CCAUCGUUAUCGGUUAUUUCUAGAGGUCCCUAUUACACGUGUAUGAAAUUACAUUACGUUCGAACACUAAUAACUUAUUUCCCAGAACCCCGCGACGAGUGAGUAAAGACGACUCGUCGCGGCGACCAAAAUUAAUAUUAUUGUAUUUCGAACACGAAUCACGAUAAUAAUAUCGAUAAUAAUAAUCACGAUAAUAAUAAGAAUAAAGACCGUUCAGUUUUUCGUAUCAACGUUUGUUUUUAAGUGAUCCGUUUGGCGUCUAUCAAAGUCCAGUAUUCAAGUGUCAGUCUUCGGCAGAUUUAUAUGAAAACUACGUAUGCUUCUCAAAGACAAAUGAUUUUAAAUGCUGAUCCAAUUGAUACAAUAUUAUUGGAAUGGCCAUUCCUCGGCAAGGAACUAUACCUGAAGAACCAUUUCUACUUCCUAACCAAUAUAGAAGAUAAUAAUUUUAAAACAAAAAUACCCACAAUGUUAAAGUUUGUCCAGGCAGAAGCUGAAAGAAAGCGUAAAGAUAAUAAUCUGCAAACAACAUUAAUGGAUAUAAUUAAAGACCAUGACAAUAAUAACAAUAAUUAUAGUGAUUUUUUGACGAUAUUAUUAUGUUACAUGGCUAUUAUGAAAGAGAAUAUUGAGCUGAUGUUUAUUAUGUUUGAAGACACAUGUAGUCUUGAUGAAGUGCAAUCAAAUAAGAAAAUAAUUUCAACACCUGUUGUAGUUUGUCUUGGUAAUAUUUGGUUGAAUCCAAAAUGUUUUGUUUUUGUGGACAAGCAAUGUUUAUGGCGUGAACCAGUGACAGUUGAAGAGGCCAUUAUAAUAAUGUUUAUGUCUUUUUAUGUAUUUAACAUUAAAUAUCCUAAGGAAUUGGCUGGUAUUUUGCAGUUUCUCCAAAGUUCUAUGUUUAAUAUAAAUGAAAAAGAGAAUAAGGUAAAGAAGAAAAUUUCUGCUGAAAAAUUUGUUUCAAAAUUACUUAACUCAUGA